GGUUCCGUCUUCAUAUCCCUUCGGUUGAUUAAUAUAUACUUCAGACGUUACUCUCCCAUUCAAAAAGGCUGUCUCGACAUCCAUUUGUUCGAUAUUUAAACCCAUUUUACAACAAUAUACCAAAAGUAUUUUUAACGUUUGCAUUUUUGCAACUGGAGCAUAUAUGUCAUCUACUUCAUCUGUUUGUUGAAAUCCUCUUACAAUGCGUAAUCACAGAACAUUAGCAUAUGAUUAUAAAUGACUUUGAUAUGUAAAGAAGUAUAAUGUACAACAUAAUUAUGUUUAAAUAAAUUUAUCUUGUAGGAGAGGCAAGAAUACAUUAAUUUAUAAUUUCGUGUCACCAGUCGAUGGACCUACUUGGAAUGACUACCGUAAUGCAAUUGUCGACACAAAUAAGACGUACCCCUUAUAUAAUGCCAAAUAUUUUCCUUUUAUGAUUUACAUCCAACACAAAAUACUAUACAGAAUUUGCGUUUGGCUUGGACAUUUCCUCCCAGCUUUAAUUAUAGAUGCUAUAAGCAUCUGUAUAAAUCGUAGCCCAAGAAUGUGGAAGUUAUGUAAGAAGGUCGACAAAUUUUCCAACGCGACUCAACCGUUUCGCACAAAUGAAUGGAGUUUUUCAACUGACAAUGUUCAAGAGAUGUGGAGUCAUCUGAGUAGUGAAGAUCAAAAGAUAUUUCAAUUCAGUAUGGUCAGAUUUAACUGGAAAAAAUAUUUAUUUAAUCAUUAUAUGGGCAUACGUCUCUAUCUUCUAAAUGAAGAUGACAGUACUUUAGAAAUUAGUCGUAUCAAGUAUAAGAGACUUUAUUGGAGACACCAAAUACUCAAAAUUGUUUUUGCCUUUGCCGUUUUUUAG